AUGUCGUCUCCUCCCUCAGUCGUCGACGACGGUGCUUCCAAAUCUGACGGACUCCCCCUCAGACCAAUCCCCGGCGGCUAUGGCCUCCCUUUCAUCGGCCCCCUUUUUGACCGUUACGACUAUUACUACAACCAAGGCCGCGAAAAGUUCUUCAUUUCCAGAAUCCGCAAGCACAACUCCACCGUCUUCCGCACCAACAUGCCUCCUGGUCCCUUCGUCGCCUCCAACCCUAGGGUCGUUGCCGUCCUCGACGCCCUCAGCUUCCCCAUCCUCUUUGACGUCUCCAAGGUCGAAAAGCGCGACGUCUUCACCGGCACCUACAUGCCCUCUACCACCUUUACCGGUGGCCACCGCAUCUGCUCCUACCUCGACCCCUCCGAGCCCAAACACGCCCUCAUCAAGCGCUUCUUCUUCUACCUCCUCUCAUCUAAGAAAGACCAGGCCAUCCCGCUUCUCCGAAGCCACCUGUCCGAGAUGUUUCAGAAGCUCGAAGACCAGGUCCACGGCAAGAGCCAAGCCUAUUUCAACUCCAUAAGCGACAACGAGCUCUUCAACUUCGUGUUCCGAUUCUACUGUGGAAAGGAUCCGAACCAAACCAAACUCGGAUCCUGGGCCCCUAAAUACUUCGAGUUCUGGGUAUAUCCUCAGGUUGCACCGCUCGGAUCCCUCGGACUACCCUGGUACUUCUUCCCCAUUAACGUGAUCGAAGAUUUCUUCCUCCAUACGGUGCCGUUUCCGGCGUUCUUGCUCAGAUGGCUUCACCGGAAGCUGUACGACGCCAUUUACACGUCCGCCGGAGAGGCGCUAGACGAAGCGGAGCGUAUGGGGCUAAGUAAAGACGAAGCAUGCAAUAACUUGCUCUUCGUUCUUGGAUUUAACACUUACGGCGGGGUUAAAAUCGUAAUUCCAAGUCUGAUGAAGUGGGUGGGAUUAGCUGGGGAGGGUUUACACAGAGAGCUCGCGGACGAGAUAAGGAGCGUGGUAAAGGAGGAAGGCGGGAUGACAUUAGCAGCGUUGGAUAAGAUGGCUCUGAUGAAGUCAGUGGUGUGGGAAGUGCUGAGGAUAGACCCGCCGGUUCAGUUCCAGUACGGGAAGGCGAAGGAGGAUGUGGUGGUCCGGAGCCACGACGCCGCGUUUCAGAUAAAGAAAGGCGAGAUGGUGUUUGGAUAUCAGCCGUUGGUUACGAAGGAUCCGAGGGUGUUCAAGAACCCGGAGGAGUUUUUGGGCCAUAGGUUUGUUGGGGAAGGAGAGAAGUUGUUGAAGUACGUGUAUUGGUCGAAUGGGAGGGAGACGGAGGAGCCGACGGAGGACAACAAGCAGUGCGCGGGGAGGGAUCUGGUGGUGCUGAUGCUUAGGGUAACUUUGGUGGAGCUCUUCCUGCGUUACGACACGUUUACGGCUAAGCUGGGGAAGCCUUUGCUUGGUCCCACAGUAACCAUCACCUCCUUGACCAAGGCCACCUCCUUCUGGUGAAGGUUAUGUGUGUUUGACUCAGCGAGUUUUGUCACGUAAUGAAGUAAAUUUAAGAAUUUCAUGGAACCUAAUUCACGUUAAGUACCAUGAUUGUUGCAUAA